AUGUCGAGGACGGCGACAGCCCAAGGAGGCAGUCGGUUUGCGUGGGCUGGCGCGAUGGCCGAUGGGACCGGCGACAUCCAUCCAUCGAAGGUGUGCUACACGGAAGCUCGGGACCCCUCGCAGUCGCUAUCAGGCAAGGGAACUAGCGAGAAAGUGAUGGUGCUGAUCACGGACACAUGGGCGCAUGCGGGACGGCGAGAUGAAGCUUCUCGCGAUGAUUGCUCGAACGUGGCGGGCACGCUGGCGCAGGCGUGUGUCGGCACCUGGCGCUUGACACUGUAG